AAAAAACAAAACUGAAGCUUUCACACAAAGCCACCUUAUAAUUUUUCUUUUGUUCAGAGGAAGAAAGGAUCAAAGCCACUUUUGCUUACGGAAACUCAUCCCCUCUGGAAUCUUAUCUCAGCCUUUGGAUUAGAUCGGUGGAUAGAUGAGAGAAUUAUCUUUUGGGUUAUAAAUGAUUAGAAGAUUUCUUGGGUAUUGAGAGUUUUGAUUUUUUUUUGCUGUUUUAAUAAUCUUUUUGGGGAAGAGAGAGAGUUUAUCAGAAAAGUUUGGUGGCGGAAAGGGCAAAAAGAGAGUUUUUACGAAAAGCAGAUUGACUGGUAGCUGAAGAAGAAGAAGACAAAGCUGAUGAUAAACCCUAGGCUGAGUUAAGCUGAGAUUUACCUUUUUUUAAUUUGUGUUACAAUCUGUAAGAGAAAAAGUUGUGUCUUUACCUUUUACACAUGCCGGUCGAUUUGGAUAAUUCCUCUACGGUCUCCGGCGAUGCAAGCGUCUCUUCAACGGGAAACCAAAACCCACCACCGAAGAAGAAACGGAGUCUCCCCGGAAUGCCUGAUCCAGACGCGGAAGUGAUAGCUUUGUCACCGAAAACACUGAUGGCGACAAACAGAUUCGUAUGCGAAAUCUGCAACAAAGGGUUUCAACGAGACCAGAAUCUCCAGCUUCACCGUCGUGGUCACAACUUACCCUGGAAGCUUCGACAGAGAUCGAGUAAAGAAGUGAGGAAGAAAGUCUACGUUUGUCCUGUGGCGGGAUGUGUUCAUCACGACCCGUCACGUGCUCUUGGAGAUCUCACUGGGAUCAAGAAACACUUUUGUCGGAAACACGGCGAGAAGAAGUAUAAGUGCGAUAAAUGCUCAAAGAAGUAUGCUGUUCAAUCUGAUUGGAAAGCUCAUUCCAAGAUUUGUGGCACCAAGGAAUAUAGAUGUGAUUGUGGAACUCUGUUUUCUAGGAGGGAUAGUUUCAUAACGCACAGAGCUUUCUGUGAUGCGUUGGCUGAGGAGAGUGCUAAGAACCAUACUCAAAGCAAGAAACUUUAUCCAGAUACUGUGACAAGGAAGAAACAUAAAGAACCUGAGCUGAAAUCUCCAUGCGCCGUUGAUUCACAUCCGCUAACUCCUCAUUCUCCGCCGUCGGUUGCUAUAGCUCCGGCACCUGCUAUCUCGGCUGAGACUGAGACUACUAAAAUCGCAUCUUCCUCUGUUUUGCCGAUUCGGAGUUCUUCAGAAUCUCCACAUAACAACCCUCCUCCUGAUGAAGCCAUCAUCAUCGAGGAAGCACCAAGAACGAUCGGUUUCAAUGUGAGCUCAUCGGUUCCAAGCAAUGAUAAGGGCGUAUACGCAGGCUUGUUUGCAUCAUCAACACCUUCUCCUAGUUUAUAUGCUACUUCCUCAACACCACCUUCGCUUAGUUUAUAUGCUUCUUCAACACCUUCCCCAAGUCUAUUCGCACCAUCUUCUUCCUCCAUGGAACCCAUCUCCCUCUGUCUCUCCACGAAUCCUUCACUGUUCGGACCAACAAUACAAGAUCCACCACCACAUUUUCUAACCCCUCUUCCUCCACAGCCAGCUAUGUCAGCAACCGCGUUGCUCCAAAAAGCUGCUCAAAUGGGCUCCACGGGCUCGGGUGGUUCUUUGCUUCGCGGGUUGGGUAUAGUGUCAACUACUUCGUCAUCUAUGGAACUCAGCAGUCACGAACUUGGGCUGGGACUACUACCGUGUAGCAGUGGUGGGAGUGGAUCGGGUCUGAAAGAGCUCAUGAUGGGGAACUCAUCUGUGUUUGGUCCAAAGCAGACGACACUAGACUUUCUAGGACUAGGAAGAGCUGUUGGCAGUGGAGGUAACCCUGGUGGGGGAUUGUCAGCUCUGCUAACGUCUAUUGGAGGUGGGGGAGGAAUGGAUGUGUUUGGAAGUGGUGAGUUUUCAGGCAAAGACAUUGGUAGAAGUUCGUAAAAGAGAUAUGGAAGUAGAAGAGUGUAGCAUAUAGUAGUUUAUAAGUAUUGUAUCAAAUUUUAGUAGAUGUUUUGGUAAUCUUGUUUUAGUGAAAGUUUUAGUGUUAUUCCCCUAUAAGUUUUUUUUUUUUUUAAUUAUAAGUACAUAAUGCUUCUAGCUAGAAGUCGGCAACAAAAUGAAUUUAUUUUUAUUUGGUAGUCUAUUAUUUAUCAUCAUUUUCACAUAGGUGUAUAUUUUAUGAGUUUGAAUUCGAAUAGGA